CGUGCUAAUUAUUAGAUUUUUAAUCAGGCGAAGCGCGCGGGUACUAAAGGGGUCCUUUUGAACAUUGAAACCACACCGGAAGUGUGAGAGUGAAUGCACAGAGAGAGAGAGAGUAAACACUUCAAAUAUAAACAGUAGUGUACGUUUUUCAGACCCUGAAACAAGCUCCGCCCCCAGUCAGAACACAGCUCCACCUAUUUUCUCUAAAAGUAAACUCCGUUUUGAUUUCCGCUUUGAACAGAAUGAUGUUCCUGGGAAAAAGUCGAGACAUGUCAACAUGAGCUCCUCAGAAAAAUACUGCCGUAACGCACGACGCCAAAAAAUCCCAAAACGGCACACUCCUGUUUCACCGGAGACGAACGCUGAUCCUCCCUCCAAGUCACACACUGUCCCUUCUGCAGGAGCUAAGAAGAAAACAAGAGGAAAAGCAGCGAGAGCUGUCGCACAGCAUCCUGACACCGAGCCCUCACCUGUCUCACCCCUCUCACCUGUCUCACACACACCCACACUUCAAACACCAGCAACAAAUGGACAUUUGCCUCAAAAAACCGCCACGUGUUCCCUGAAAAAUGGUCCUAAAGGAAGGAAAAAGAAGACUGAGAAGAGAGAUAGAAGAGAGACUGAUGAGAGAUCAGAUCUUUAUCCUGAUUCUGAUCUGACACAGACUGAGCAGCAAAAAGCCAAAAAACCACCAGCACCACACGCUCAGCGAUCGAAAAGGGCUGCUAAAGAAACCUCCACACACGCUACACUAUUAUGUCCGAGCUCUCAGCAGGACACGCCCAUCUCCACGCCCAAAUCUGAUUCAGGGGUGAAAACGCCGAGGCGACAGCGAGGGUCCCGACCCAAUUCCCGUCUCAGCUCCACUCCACAGUGCAGCAGGACGCCGCUGACUGAGCCGGAGAUCAGCCCCGUGAUGCAGAAAACGUUGCCAAAAAAGAGACUUCGAUCUCAGAAUCCUGAAGCUCAGCAAAAGAGGAGGACGAGGAAGAAGGCGGAACAGGAAGUGCGCGACACGCCUCCAGUCAAACGUCAAAGAAAGAAGAGAUUGGCAAAGGCGGAGCUUCCCCACAACCAGCGAAUCAGAACGCGCUUUGUGCUGCAGGAUUCUGAGCAUCAUGAGCCAGAAGAGACGCUCUCCUCCUCAGACCUGUCCAUCGAGCUGAGUGUACAGGAGGACAAGCUUUCUCUCACACACGCUCUCUCCCUGGAGGACGAGGAGGAUGAGGAGGACGAGGAGGACGAAGAGCUGCCGAGUUUCUUACAGCAGAUCAGCCAGAAACCUUCCUCAAUCAGAGAGGGGCUGUGUGUGUGGUGUAAACUGAGGAAAUACCCCUUCUGGCCAGCCAUGGUUAAGAGUGUGAACCGUAAGACUAAGAAGGCCAGCAUUGUGUUUAUUGACCAAUUUCUCUUUGAUAAGAAGAGAAUAUGUAAAGGUUUAUCAGUGUCUCUGAGGACAUUGAAGCCGUUUGACUGUGAGGAAUCUCACCGCUUUGUGGACAUAGCCAAAGAGAAGUAUGGUAAAUCCAUCAUGUGGUGUCUGGAGCUCAUCUCUGACUACAGGAUCCGCAUUGGUUGUGGCUCAUUUGCUGGCUCAAUUAUUGAGUACAUUGCUGAUGAUAUCAGUUACCCGUUGAGGAGUGAGUACUCGAAGGCUUCAUCAGAUCUGCUGUCUCCCACUCAGAGUUUGAUGGAGCAGCAGGAUGUAGACUCUGAGCUUCAGGACCUUGAGGAACACCCUGACUUUUUUCAGGACGUCCACAUGGAGAAAAAAGUCCUCCCUGACCGCAUGCAGGCCGCCAGGAACCGUGCCAACCAGAGACUGGUGGAGUUCAUCGUCAGGAAACGAGGAGCGCAGAAUCGCUUACUGGCGGUGAUCAGUGGUCAGGAGGCGUCCAGGUGGCUGCAGGCUCUGCACAGCUCCAGCCGCUUGAUGGUGAGCCAGGUGUACCUGGAGGACGAGAAGCAGGUGGAUGAAGUGUACCGCUACCUCGAAGAGCUGUGUGAGAGUGUCGCUAAAGCUAACCCAAGACUGGAGAACCCGGACCGGAUCAGCUUCAUCCUGGACGUCCUCUUCCCCGAGGCUUUGAUUUGUGCGAUAGCUGCAGUGGAUUGUCUCAGUCUGGACAAAGCAGAGGAGAAAUAUCGCCAAGGACCUCGCCAUAGCAACAGAGAAAGACAGGAGUUUGACCUGAUGAUUGAGCAGCAGAUGAAGCUGAAGGCAGCAGGGUGGUCACUCUGAACACCACUAUGUUUACUGCAUUAUUAUUGUUAUUAUUAUUAUUAUUAUUUUCACUCGUUAAUGGGAAAUACAUUUUUAAUAAAAUAAUCAUGAUGUCA